CACAAUAUAUUAACCUUUGAAAUGAAACACUAUCCCUUAAAUUAAAUAUUCAUCCUUGCCUUCAUCCUACAAACUUUCUGGAUUGGGGCCGCCAUUUUGCGAUCGGCCAUGUCUGCGCAAGUUACCAUGGCUUCAUCUGGGUAGCUGGGAGAGCUAGUUCGCUGUUUCCUCAUCACCAUGGAGAUCCACUCAAAGGUGGACUUGGUCAGUUGUAUCUGUGUUCUCCUUGUAUGGACGACCUCUAAUGCCGACGAGGGGCUGCUGCUGCUGGCGAGGGCAGGGGGACGCUACGACCCGCUCCAGCUCUGGUUCAGCUCCCCCCGGAAACUGUGGGCGGUCAACCAGUGCGCUAAAGACGAGACAGACAGUUUCAGGAACCACAGCAUCAAAGGCAACUUCCGUAGUCCUACCAUAGACAACCUGACAUCGUACAACACAGUGGAGCUGGAACUGGUGGUGUACAGUGGAUUCGGAGAUGAGCUGCUGAACGUAAAGGGAUGUAAGAUGAUGGACGAGAAUAGGACACUGCAAUGUGAUGACAAAACAUUUGGCAAGGUGAUUGGUGCCCAAUUAGACAGAUUGGGAGGGUUUGUAUUGAAGACAGAGACUGGGGACAAGAUGUUGACGAUGAUGUACGACAGCACGUACUACUUCGACAACGCCACCACCAGAGAGCGUCUACUGCUACCUUUCCUGAAUCGCAUAGCUAAACCACCAAACACAGGUUACGAGGGUUGUCAUGACGUGGUACAGGACAAAGUGUUCCGUAUGGAUCGUAUGUCACUGGAGACAUGUUUCAAGAAUUGCACCAAAUUUGCCACGAUUAAGAACCCAUUGUGCGGGUGUCUGGAGACAUUUGAAGGGAAGCAUCAACUCGAUGACCGGAAGUGCAGUUUUCUAUGCUUAGGCAACAACAACCAGACGUGUGGCGGGGACAAUGCCACAAGCGUGUAUGACGUCACAAGUUACAUGGAGUUCAAGAAAUUCACGGAGAGUGUGGAUACCGGGGCGACGGAACUUGCCUCAGCACAAGUCACAGACAGCAACAGCACCAUCGUGGUUCCACCAUUUCCGUCUAAAACGUACGUCACACGCAUCAAGAUUGAGGAAGACACGGAAUGCAGUCUCACCAACAUCUACUUCAACGUCUCCGGCCCCAAGUACAACGUCAUCUUCGAUGAGGAUUGUAAAGGCUUGCGCAACACAUCGCGGACCGUACACGGAAGAGAGGAGAUGUGGCAGGCCGGUCCCGUCCUGGCUUGCCGUGUGAUGAUCGAGCCAAUCCCUCACAACUGCACUUUCCAUAAGUCUGCGUUCACCUUCUACGGCACUUCAGCCACUUCAGAUGUGUUUGACGUCGGUCGAGGCUACAUCGGAAUCAGAGGGAGAUGGUCCAAUGAAACACAAACAACGACAACCACCUCAACUACUCCUGAAACAUCUACAAGCGUCACUACGAUCGACACCACAACAUCGGAGACGUCGACCACACAAACAACAGGGGGACAUGAUAAAACUCCAGCUCCGAGUAGCACUAGCUCGCCACAAAAUGUCACCAAUACAUCUGUAACAGGCAUGUUGACAACGACACAACACAUCAGCUUCACGUCGAGCCAUCAAGGGGAGACAACCCAGGAAGAUUCUUCUACCAAAUCAACAGAUGCAUCCUCCUCCACGAGUCGGACGACUACACAGGCGUCCUCUGCUGCAACGUCUACUGAUCUCAACCCCAACGUGACCAGCCCGGCUCCUGCCAUGACGAAAGCCUGCACGUGCCUCUGUAAAUCCAAACCCCUCAAGAAGAACCAAACCAAGGUGAUGGCCGCUAAGGAGAAGGCGAUCAAGAUACAGAAGGAGCUGAAAGUCGACACCAUGAACCUCUCUUCAUCUGUGAGAAAGAAGGUCAGCGCUCCUGACUCCAGAACGACCGCAGCCGUCGGGGGCUACCUCGGCAUCUGCCUCCUCACCAUCGCCCUUGGCUCCCUCAUCCUCGCCGACAUCACCUCCAUCACCAGACAUAUACAACUACUGCGGAGGAACAUCAGCGGCCCGUCGCCGCCUGUCAAGAAAAUAAAAAAGUAAUAGAUGUCGAUUAGAACAGAGUUGUGUUAGGAUGGAGGCUACGGUGGCUUGCAUGACAAUACUUCGGGGGCUUGUUGCAUGCGAUACGUUUCUCCAUCACCCUAAAUACUUAUGGCCGAUAUGAUUCUCGUGUCGCGUGUCUAUUUUUAAUCAGGUAAGAUAUUGAAGCCGUGUAAUAUAAAUAAAGAGAGUAAUUCAAUUCAGUUUAUUCAUAUAUAACUGUUGGGCCACGGGCCAACAAAAGAGAAUACUCAUCGAUCCCGAUUGCGUGGAUCGAUGCUCAUGAUAUCAAUCACUGGAUUGUCUGGUCCAGACUCGAUUAUUUACAGACCGCCGUCAUAUAGCUUGAAUA